AGCACAUUCGCUGCGUGAGCGUGACAUACUGCAAAGAGUCGAGCGCAACGUAGGUGAAUGUUGUGAAAUAUUUGUAUUUAUCCGUUUUAGUUUAAUCGAAAAAACUGUUUAGUUAAUUAUAUUAAGUUUACCAGCAACCACAAACAUGGAUAUGUGAGCAGGAGGUAAAAAGGAAUUCAAGCUCAAAAUCUACGAGCAUCGUGGAAUUUUGCGUAGCCAGAGACAAAGAUGGCGGAUCCAGAUCCGGAAACGCUGCUGGAAUGGCUGAACAGCGGUCUGGGCGACGAGCGCGACAUGCAGCUGAUCGCGCUCGAGCAGCUGUGCAUGUUGCUGCUGAUGUCCGACAACGUGGACCGCUGCUUCGAGAGCUGUCCGCCGCGCACGUUUUUGCCCGCCCUCUGUCGCGUCUUCCUCGACGAGCAGGCGCCCGAAAACGUGCUCGAAGUCACCGCCAGAGCUAUCACCUACUAUCUGGACGUGUCGGCCGAGUGCACCAGAAGAAUCGUGGCCAUAGAUGGCGCAGUCAGAGCUAUCUGCAACAGGUUGGUGGUGGCGGAACUGUCGUCCAGGACUAGCAAGGAUCUAUCGGAACAGUGCGUCAAAGUUUUGGAGUUAAUUUGUACGAGAGAGGCCGGCGCGGUUUUCGAGGCUGGCGGUUUGAGCGCCAUUUUACCUUUCAUCAGAGAUAACGGACAAAAAGUGCACAAAGACACGUUGCAUUCGUCCAUGGCGGUGGUCUCGAGGUUGUGCACCAAAAUGGAACCGGCCGAUGUUCAAUUACCAACGUGCGUGCAAGCUUUGAGUACUCUGCUACAACACGAAGAUUCGCAUGUAGCUGACGGGGCGCUUAGAUGUUUUGCCUCCGUGGCAGAUAGGUUUACUAGAAGAGGAGUCGAUCCUGCACCCUUAGCCCAACACGGUUUAGUCAAUGAGCUUCUUAGCCGUCUCUCUAGCGCCGCAGGUCCUGCAACAGCUAGCGGCACGCAAAGUACACCAGGAAAAUCUUCAUCGACAAAUAACGCCGCAGCUGCAGCACCAGAAUCAAAAGCCAACGCUGCUUCUGUCUCGACAAUCAUCAGUUUACUAUCGACUCUGUGCAGAGGAUCACCAACCAUCACACACGAUUUACUUAGAUCGGAACUGUUGGACGCGAUAGAAAAAUCGCUGAAGGGCGACGAACGUUGCGCUCUGGACUCGAUGCGCCUGGUCGACCUGCUCCUGGUGCUGCUGUUCGAGGGCCGCCGCGCGCUGGGAAAGUCCGGCGGCGCCGCCGCCUCCGGCCAGCUGAUGCCGCGCAUCCGCCGCAUGGACUCUGCGGCGGAGAAAUCGCACCGCCAGCUCAUCGACUGCAUCCGUUCGAAGGACACGGACGCGCUGAUCGAGGCCAUCGAGAACGGCGGCGUCGAGGUCAACUUCAUGGACGACGUCGGCCAGACGCUGCUCAACUGGGCCUCCGCCUUCGGCACGCAGGAGAUGGUCGAGUACCUGUGCGAGAAGGGGGCCGACGUGAACAAGGGCCAGCGGAGCUCUUCGCUGCACUACGCCGCCUGCUUCGGCCGACCCGCCAUCGCCAAGGUGCUGCUGAGGUACGGCGCCAAUCCGGAUUUGAGGGACGAGGACGGCAAGACGCCGCUCGAUAAGGCUCGUGAAAGGGUCGACGAAGGUCACCGCGAAGUGGCAGCGAUCCUGCAAUCGCCCGGCGAAUGGAUGAUACCGGUCGACAAGGAUCGCCAGCGCAAAUCCGAAUCCGACAACGAAGAAACCAUCGAACCUAGAGGCGACCCGGAGAUGGCGCCGGUCUACCUGCAGCGCCUGCUGCCCGUCUUCUGCACCACCUUCCAAUCGACCAUGCUGCCGAACGUGCGCAAAGCCAGCUUGGGCCUGAUCAAGAAGAUGAUACACUACAUACAACCCAACUUGCUCGAGGAAGUUUGCAACGUGGAGGCCAGCCCUAACUUCGGUACGCAGCUAGUGGAAGUCAUCGCCACGGUUUUGGACAACGAGGAGGACGAAGAAGGUCACUCCGUGGUGCUUUCCAUCAUACAAGACCUAAUGUCCAAGUCGCAGGAAGUUUUCCUCGAUCAUUUCGCGAGGCUGGGCAUUUUCACCAAGGUGCAAGCUUUGGCUGGCCCGCCGGAACCGCAGGAACCAGAGGAAACCGAACAGGUCAUGGAAGAUGUCAAUGAACAAUUUCAGUUUGAAGACGCAAAAGACGUUUUGCCUGGAAAAGCCUACCAUUGGCGCGAAUGGUCGGUGUGCAGAGGUCGCGACUGCCUCUACAUUUGGUCCGAUGCCGCCGCUUUGGAACUUUCGAACGGUUCCAACGGCUGGUUCAGGUUCAUUUUGGACGGCAAACUGGCAACCAUGUACUCGAGUGGAUCCCCUGAAGGAGGCGCCGACACCACGGGCAAGGGACGGGCUGCAGACUCUCUGACCACCGAAGAAAAUCGCGGCGAAUUUCUGGAAAAACUGCAAAGAGCGCGUGCGGCAGUUAAAUGUAACAACAAUUCCAUACCGAUAUUGACGAAACCUGGCCCGACCAGGUUAGUCGUAGGAAAUUGGUCUCUAACAUCGAGAAAAGAAUCCGAAAUUCACAUCCACAAUUCGGAUGGACAGCAACAAACAACCAUACUAAGGGACGACCUGCCUGGGUUUAUAUUUGAAUCCAACAGAGGCACUAAGCAUUCCUUUAUCGCAGAAACCAGUCUAGGUCCCGAAUUCGCAGCAGGUUGGACGAACAAGAAGGGCAAGCGCCUGCGUUCGAAAUUGGAAGCGACCAAAAUGAAGGUGAAGUACCUUGCCCACGCCGUCUACGAGCAGUUCUUCAGAGCGGCGCAAGCGCAACCGCGCGGCGUCGUUGCCAAAUUGGGCAACAUCGUGGCCCAGAUCGAACGCGCGUGCCAAAAGCAGUGCUCGUACGGCAACAACCGCGACGGAGGCAACUCGUGGAAGGAAAUCCUCAGAACCGCCUUGGACGACCUCACUCAGAUUCUGCAGGAAGACGGAGUCGUCAGCGCCUACGAACUGCACAGUUCCGGUUUGGUGCAGGCGCUCUUGUCUUUGCUGUCGACGAGCUAUUGGGAUCAGGGCUUGAAGUCCAACAAAGUCAACAAGUACCAGAAGCAACGGGUGCAAGUUUUCAAGCAGUGCUUCAAGAAUCGGUCGCAGGAAGAGCACAAUUCCGUUUCAAUUCUAGUCCAAAAGUUGAUAUCCGUGCUGGAGAGCAUCGAAAAACUGCCCGUCUAUCUCUACGAUACCCCCGGGUCCGGAUACGGCCUCCAAAUACUCACCAGAAGGCUCCGCUUCAGAUUGGAGAAGGCCCCGGGCGAAAGUUCUCUGAUCGACCGCAGCGGUAGAGGCUUGAAAAUGGAGCCACUGGCCACGGUGGCUCAGCUCGAGAGAUACCUUCUGAAAAUGGUGGCCAAACAAUGGUACGACUACGACAGAAGCACGUUCCAGUUUCUGAAAAAAUUGAGGGAUCCAAAGUAUCAACAGUACAAACAUGCGCACGACUUUGACGAGAACGGCAUCAUCUACUUUAUCGGCACCAACGGAAAAACCAGCUCGGAAUGGGUUAACCCGGCGCAAUACGGUUUGGUUACCGUAACCAGCUCCGACGGAAGGAACCUGCCGUACGGAAGAGUGGAGGACAUUCUAUCCAGGGAAACUUCCGCCUUGAAUUGCCACACUAACGACGAUAAACGUGCGUGGUUCAGCAUUGAUUUGGGAUUGUACGUCAUUCCCACCGCUUACACUCUAAGACACGCGAGAGGUUAUGGAAGAUCGGCUCUGCGCAACUGGCAUUUCCAGAUGUCCAGGGACGGCGUGACGUGGACGACCCUGUACACACACACGCACGACAUGUCGCUAAACGAUCCGGGUUCCACCAGCACCUGGCCCAUCGAAGUGUCGACCAUGGAAUACCAAGGAUGGCGACACGUGAGAAUUCAGCAGGCGGGUAAAAAUGCUUCCGGCCAGACGCACUACUUGAGUCUUUCCGGUUUCGAGAUCUACGGGCAAGUGGCCGGCGUUUGCGAGGACUUGGGCAAGGCCGCCAAAGAGGCGGAAGCUCACUUGAGGAAGCAAAGGCGGUUGUUGAAGAGCCAGCUCUUGAAGCACAUGACCGUCGGCGCCAGGGUGGUCAGAGGUAUGGAUUGGAAGUGGAGGGAUCAGGACGGGAACCCUCCCGGAGAAGGCACCGUCACCGGCGAACUUCACAACGGAUGGAUCGACGUCACGUGGGAUCACGGCGGUUCGAACUCGUACAGAAUGGGUGCCGAGGGUAAAUACGACCUGAAGCUGCCUCCAGGUUUCGAUAUAGACGCUGCCACCACAUCGAAAGCGUGUCCGAAUUACAAAGUGAAAGACGGCAAGGAGAAGCAAAGCGUACUGACCAGCAGGAAAAGCAGUUCCACGCCGAGUCUGCCCGAGGCUACGGAAGCCAAAACGUCGGUGGCAUCGACCGAGCAAGCGGCAUCGGCCGAUAAUUUAGCGGCGGAAACCAUCGCUCAAAGCAUACUGUCCGCGGCGAGAAACGAAGCCCUCGUCGCGGUGACGUCCGAAUCCCAGGCCGCCAGCAACGAAUCGGAACUGUCCGUGGUGGUGCAUCCCCUGAGGGAUCCUCACAACGAUUUGUCCGCCAUCAACGUUUCCAGCGAUUUGGCAACGAUCGUCGAGAGCUUGACGAUGUCCGAUUCGAAACCGAGCACCGCCAGUUCCAUCUCGAACAAAUCGUCGCACUCGAACAAGAACGGUUCGAAAGUGUCGGCCGCCGUGGUGGCUCAAAGCUUCGUCGAGGCCGUCGAGGCUCUGGACAAGAUCCGCGAAGGUUCCGACAUGCUGCGCAACAACACCAACAGCUUUCUCUCGGGCGAGAUGCUGCAGUCGGCGUUCAACAGCGCGCUGAGCAACGCGCUGAACCCGGCCGUGCGCAUUUCGGUGUCGAGCAACUCGGAAACGGAGGACGACAAGCCGCGCAAAAAGGACUCGGAUAAGAUCGGAGCCGCCGGCUCGGUCGGCGCCAAAAGUGCGGGCAGUUGCAGCAGCGAAAAGGACGAGGCCGUGACCAAUUCGAUCAACGCCAAGAACAACAGCAACAACGCCGUUGUCGUCACGAAUCCGAUGAGCGUCAGCGUGCCGAACUUGACUUCCAGCGAAUCCAGCGGGCAAAUUGAAGCCGCCACGGCCGCCGGACUCUUGGAAACAUUCGCAGCUUUAGCCACAAGGCGUAGGACUUUGGGAGGAGUAUCCACAGCGAACGGUUCGAAUUCGGGAGCGAACAACCAAACGAUAGCCAGUUCGAACGCACAAAACAACCAGAAUUCCGGCAACCUGUUCCACAGAGGCCCGAAUUCGGUUACUAGUCUGGUGCGUCUGGCUCUCUCGAGCAACUUUCCCAGCGGUUUGCUGAGCACCGCUCAAAGCUACCCCAGCCUGUCGUCGAGCAAUAACACCGGUGGCCAACCUGAUAAUCCUACUGCAGCAGGUGCGGUGCCCGGUUUGAGCCAGGCUCUAACGAUGAGCCUGACCUCGACCAGCAGCGACAGCGAGCAGGUGUCGCUCGAAGACUUUUUGGAAUCGUGUCGCGCGCCCACCCUUUUAGCGGAGCUCGACGACGACGAGGAAAUCGGCGACGAAGACGACAACGACGACGACGAGAACGAAGACGACGCCGACUACGAGGAGGUGAUGGUUUCGAGGAAUCUGCUCUCGUUCAUGGAGGAGGAAAGUUUCGAGGCCAGGCCGAGCAAGAGGCGGUCCUGGGACGACGAGUACGUGCUCAAGAGGCAGUUCAGCGCGCUGAUACCGGCGUUCGAUCCGCGACCAGGCAGGACGAACGUCAACCAAACUACAGAUCUUGAGGUGCCAGUGCCGGGACAGGAAGAAAGCAGCGGCUGCGCCGAACACGAACUGCUACCUCAGCCGAAACUGCAGCUAGUGCUGAAGGGGCCGAACAUGGCCGGCGUGGCCGACGUGGAAAUCGAACUGAACGACCCGUCGUGGACGAUAUUCCGCGCCGUGCAGGAACUGAUGCAAAGCACCGAGUUCGGCUCGAAGCAGGAGAAGCUGCGCAGGAUAUGGGAGCCCACCUACAUGAUAAUCUACAGAGAGGCCAAUGAUGACGAGCAGUACUCGAGGAGCGGUAGUAGUUCCGUGGCGGGCACGACGUUGUCGCCCAGCACUCCGGUGCCCGGAACGCCCUCGGUCUCGAACUGCACCGUCGAAGACGUUUUGCAGCUCUUGCGGCACCUGUUCGUGAUAACGACGACGAAAGAAAGCGAUUUGAGCUCGUUGGAGGGCGGCGGCGAAAUAGUGCCCGAUCAGUUCUCGAGCAAGAAGAUCACCAACAAGAUCCUGCAGCAGAUCCAGGAUCCGCUGGUGCUGUCCAGCUCGAGCUUGCCGGCCUGGUGCGAGGAGUUGAACCACUCGUGUCCGUUUCUGUUCCCGUUCGAGACGCGGCAGCUGUACUUCAACUGCACGGCGUUCGGCGCGUCGCGGAGCAUCGUGUGGCUGCAGACGCAGCGCGACGUCACGAUGGAGCGGCAGAGGAUGCCGGGUCUGUCGCCGAGGAGGGACGACCCGCACGAGUUCAGGGUCGGAAGGCUGAAGCACGAGCGGGUGAAGGUGCCGCGCGGCGGCGAGCUGCUCGACUGGGCCGUGCAGGUGAUGAAGAUCCACGCCAAUCGCAAGUCCAUCUUGGAGGUGGAGUUUGCCGGCGAAGAGGGCACCGGACUCGGACCCACCUUGGAGUUUUACGCCCUGGUCGCGGCCGAAGUCCAGCGACGAGACUUGGCCAUGUGGAUAUGCGAAGACGAUAACAUAGAUUUAAGAGAGUCAAUAGACUUGGGCGAGGGCGCCAAGCCGCCCGGCUACUACGUGCGCCGCGUGGCCGGCCUGUUCCCGUCGCCCCUCCCGCAAAACUCGGACGUUUGCGACAAGGCCGCCAGGUACUUCUGGUUCCUGGGCGUGUUCCUGGCCAAAAUCCUGCAGGACAACCGUCUCGUCGACUUGCCGCUGUCGAAGAGCUUCAUGAAGCUGAUGUGCCACGGCGACAUCCAGAACACCGUCAACGAGCGCAUCGGCUUCGCCGGCGUGAAGAAGAACUUCGACGACGACCUGAUGACCUCGAGCUUGAUAUCCGAGGAGAGCGAGAAGGAGUUGGAGUUCGAUCCGCCCAAGUCGAACGUCGAGGAUAAGAAGCCUUGGUAUCACGGCAUCCUCGGCGAGGAAGACUUGUACGACAUCGAUCCCAUCAGGGCCGGCUUCCUCAAGCAAAUCAAGGAGCUGGUCAAGCAGAAGCAGAAGAUCAUGCAGGAUCACAAUUUGUCGCAGGAGUCGAAGGCCCAUCAGAUACAGAACCUCUGUUUGAAUCACUCCUCAGGUCCGGUUUUGUUGGAAGAUCUGGCGCUGACGUUCACGUACUCGCCGAGCUCGAGCGUGUACGGUUUUUCGGCGGUGGAACUGGUUCCGAACGGCGCGGACAUCGAGGUGAACAUCGAGAACGUCGAGGAGUACGCCGAGCUGACUGCGACCUUCUGUCUCGACAAGGGCGUCUCGAGGCAGCUCGAGGCGUUCCACAAAGGCUUCAGCGCCGUUUUUCCCAUGGAAAAGCUGGCCGCGUUCAGUCCGGACGAGAUGGGCGUGAUGCUUUGCGGCGACCAGAAUCCCGAAUGGACAAGGGAAGAUCUCAUUAGCUACACCGAACCCAAGUUGGGAUACACCAAGGACAGUCCUGGUUUCCUGAGGUUCGUGAACGUGCUGGUGGGCAUGUCUCCCGAGGAGAGGAAGGCCUUCCUGCAAUUCACCACCGGUUGCAGUUCGCUGCCGCCGGGCGGCCUCGCCAACCUCUACCCGCGCCUCACGAUCGUGCGCAAGGUGGACGCGGGCGAGGGCUCCUAUCCCUCCGUGAACACUUGCGUGCACUACCUGAAGCUGCCCGACUACCCCACCGAGGACAUACUCAGGCAGAGACUCUUGGCGGCCACCAAGGAAAAGGGAUUCCACUUGAACUAAACCGACAUCUCUCACCACCAUCAUUUCGCAAAUUAAAUUAACGUUCUUUAGAAGUACACUGGUGUUUUUUUCUCAAGUGAUUCAACUAUGAGCCCGGUAAGUGUAAAAAGUCCGCCCAUCUUAAUUCUUUAGGAAAACGUGGAUCUGAUAGUUGUGUUGCUCUUGAAAAUCGCCGCGUGCGUAAAUACUGCGUUUAUUUACUUUAUGGGUUUAGGUAUAUGACUUUCAUGAAACUGUAGCUGAACGGUUCAAGUACUACUGGCCAAAUAUGAUAAAAAAAAUCGAGAAGAAAACUUAUUUGAUAGGUGAAGGAUAGGAUAUUUUUUAUUUUGAAUAUUUAUUAUUGUAGGUAAAUAAAGUUAUAAAAAAAUUCUCAAAUUUUUGCGCUUACAUUUUGGCUUAGUGUCAGGUAUAUCUUAAGCAUUUGUAAAGCAUAUAUCUAAAAGAGAUGAGGAUAAAUAAACAAGGUGUUAUUUUUCUAGAAUAAAAAACUAUUUAAAGAGUACUGAGAAUUUUUGUAUAAUUUGUAUUCUAUUGUACUAAAUUUUAAUUAGGAAAUUUUCAAGUGUACACUUUUCAAAUAUAAGUGUUUAAAAAUAUAUAUAAAAGGUCUUAUUUAUAAUAUAAAUAUUAUAUCUCAGCUGCAACUGUUAAAAACCGUUCAACAGCUGAACAUAUUAGUGAUAAAUAUUAGAGAAUUUAUGACCAAAUUUAUCAUGAUUACGUGAUUUUAUUUAUGUGAUUAUUUGCAAUAUAGAUUAUAUUACUGGUAGUGCACUUGGGUAAUUCUGGUUUAGUUUUAAUUACCGCUUAAAAAACUUCUUUCUGCAGCAUAACAAUAUUAUAUUGUAGAAGAAAUGUCUGUAUGUAUGUAUUUGAUGUUAAAUACAAUGUUAUACCUAAUAAAUCUAAAUAAAUAAAGAGGGAAUUUUAUUUACUUAAAUCCAAUUCCUUAAUUUUAUAUUUGUGGUUUUCAGCGA